AUGGAUCCUUUGUCCCAGGCAUCGCUGUCGCCAGGCGACUACUACCUCGGCGGGCUCUCGCCACAGGCACAGGGCUCCUCAGUGGCUAUGCCCGCCGGCGUCAAGCUCGAAUUGCCGCCGGCGGCGCAAGCGCCUACCACCAUGCAACAGCCCGGUCCGGGCCCGGGGCCGCGCAACUACAAGUCCAGGAAGUACCGGCCGUGUGACUUCUGCCGCGCGCGGCAGGUAGCCUGCAAGAUCGAGGUUGCGCCGCCGUGCCAGCUGUGCCAGUCUCACCGGCGCGAAUGCACGUUUGUAGAGCAGCCGAAGAAGAAGCGGCGGCCGCCAGCGGAGAGUGCGGGUGCGCCGGUGGUGGCGGCGGCGUCGUCGUCGCAGGGCUCAGGGUCCAGAGCGGCAACAGGGACUCCAGCUGAGGGGUCCAGGGUGCAUAUCGAACCUCCACAGCUUCCAAUGCUCGCGCAGGACAGCGACAUCUCGGGCCAUCUACACCCCAACUACGUUGCGCAUUUUGACGAGCGCCUGCAUUUUGAGCGCCUGCAUUUUGACGAGCGCCUGUUCGAGCGUCAAAUCGGCCAUGACCAUUUCCUCGACCACCAGCAGCAUCAACAGCAGCACCAUGAGCACCAUCAAGGCUUGGAUCACACCGCGGCAGCUAGCUUUCAGAUGCCGCAUCUCGACGUCCCAUCCCCCGAACGAAGCCUCGACUCACACCCCUCCCGCUCAGCACGCCUCGUCGGCGAGACAGGCGAGACAAACCCCUACCUUUUGAGGAGGUACCACUACGACGAGAACGACGAGUGCACAAUCUCACAAACACAGUACCGCCGAAUCCGCCGCCGCCCAAGCUCCAGCAACCGCCCAACCCCCAAAGACGCACCACCCCCCGUCUUCACCCUCUCCGCCGACAGCACCAGCCUCUCCGCCGAACCCCGCACCGAAGACCACGUCCUCGCGCAGGCGCGCUACGACAUAUCGCAACUCUUCACAUCGGAGCAGUGUUUCCGGCUGCUAGCCCUCUACUUCCGCUUCGUAGAUCCAUACCUCCCGAUCCUCGCUCGCGCCUCCCUCUUCGUCAACGGACUCAUCUCCCGCGUCGCCCUCGACGCCCUCCCCCUCUCCCUCACGGCCGCCCUCUACGCAACCGCCCUCCCCUACACUCCCUACGACGCGCUCCUCGCGCCGUCGCUCGCUCACGCCCCGGAUCCAUCCACGCAACUCUACCGCACCGCGCACCUGGCGCUGACGCAUGAACUCCACAAUCCCCGCCCCGCAACCCUACAAGCUGCGCUCCUCCUCCUCCAUCGUCCCGCGCAACACACCCCCUUCCGCCCCGCCCUCAUCGCAACAGCCGUCUCCCUCGCUCACUCCCGCGGUCUCUCACACGACUCCACAUCCUGGUCUCUCCCCGCGCCCGACCUCGCACUGCGGAAACGGCUAUGGCACGCCGUUUUCAUCACUGAUAAAUGGACUGCCCUGACUCUCGGGACACCUUCCUGCAUCCGCACAGACGAUGCAGACGUCCCUCCCCUCUGGCCCGCGGAUCUGGAACCCGCGCUUGGCCCUGACGACGGCAGCGACGCAUCCACAAAUUUCCGGCUCCUCGCCGACCUCUCUGCCAUCCUGGCGGAUAUCCUAGACUCCUAUUUCUCCGUCCGCGCCACGCAGCGCACCGCCUCCAAUUUCGCUCUAUCCCUCGAUCUCGGGCGCGGCCUGCGCGCGCGCCUCGAUGCGUGGAGCGAGGGGUUGCCGAGGGCGUUGUUUGUGAGGGGCGCGCCGGUUAGGAGGGAGGGAGGGGACGCGGGGUUGUAUUUGGGGUAUUUGGUUGCGAAUAUGACGUUGUUUCGUGGGUUGAUGAGGCCGCUUGAAACGGGGGGUGGAGGGGGGCAGGAGAUGGGGAUGGGGAGUGGGGGGGCGGUGAGGGCUGGGGCGAGGGAGUGUGCGGAGGAGGCGGUGGUGUUUGUGGAGGGGUUGGCGGGGGCGGGGGGGUGGAGGGGGUCCCGCGCCAACUUCGCCAUCGCCUCCGCCUUCCUCACCCAACUCCUCCUAACCGCCUCCACCGAAGCCGAAGGCGCCGAGAUGAGCAACCUCGCCGCAAGAUGGCGGUGGGCUAUGCGCAUGGGCGCGGAGGGUAACGAUAAUGGGGGUGGGUUGAUGGGGAUGGGGUUGGGUGUUGGGUUUGGGUUAGGUUAG